AUGAUUCGGCUUCUCUUAUUGAUCUCAUCGAUCACUCUCUGCUCAUCACUCGAUCUCGUCUCUCCGCCACGCAAAACUCUCCGCGACGUCCCUCCAUUUGCACCGGAUUAUUGCAAAAAUGGCGGAAUUCUCGUCAAUGGUGAAUGUCAGUGCUCAUUGCGUUACGAGGGAAAGCAAUGUGAUCGAGAGAAAUGCUUGAAUGGCGGACGGAGACAUAAAACGAAUGGAAAGGUGAAGUGUCAUUGCCCAUUCGGUUUCGCGGGUGAACGCUGUGAGAACGUUACUUUCUGUGAGGCGUCAAAGGGAAAAUUGGUGAACGGACGUUGCGAGUGUUUGGAUCGAUGGACUGGUCAAUUCUGUCAUAUCCGCACCUGUUACAAUGGAAUACCCACCGGUGGAAUGGAGGGCUUCUGUUUAUGCGAUGUCGGCUACACGGGACCCUUCUGCGACGAGAAACUCAUUUGCUUUAAUGGCGGCUCAGUAAGCCAGGAUAACGAGUGCAUUUGUGGACCGGGUUUCGUCGGCGAUUUCUGCGAGGAUUGCGCGCCAGGACACCACAGAGAGGGAGAUCAAUGCGUGGCUGAGGUCUCCGGUCAUCCACUUCUCUCCUCAUCAGCCGUCGAUCAAUUCCCGUGGACGAUCAUCAUGGUUGGCGGUGUCUCUUGCGUGGCAAUCAUUCUCAUCGCACUCUCCGCAAUUUUCGGCGUUCGCAAGUGGAAAACGAAGCCAAGCCGAGUGGGCAGUGCGCAAAGCGUUCAAAAGGAUCCACAGGGUCAACCGGCCACCGACGUC